AUGUCCUACGUGCAGAUCUCUACUACAACGGAGGCAGCUUCUCAACAGUUGAUAACUGAAAUGAAGGAAUAUAUCACCAAAAUUGGAGUUGGAGAACAGAUGAUUAAAGAAGGAUUGGAAAUUGUUACAACCAACAAAAACAAUCUGAAAAAUUCAAUAGCUAAUUUUGAGAGAAUUGUGGUCGGGAACGUAGCAAAAUUGUUUGUGUUUACUGCUGAGGACAAGUAUUCUUUGUCUAAGAAUGGACUUCAAGUGAAAAUAAAUGAGGAUGCUCAAUAUAUUAAUAUCAGAGGGUUAGCUAAUAUUAUUGAUGACAAGAACUUCAAAUAUUUUGAAGUUUGUUUGGACAAUUUUGAUUUUGCUUCCGUUGGUCUGGCCAUCAAGAAUUAUUCUUCAACUGCCUUUGUUGGCUUCUUACCGUCUUCUUGUUCAAUUGCAAGCGACGGGAAUCUGUAUGUCAACGGCACGCCAAAAAAAAAUUCUGAAAGAUGGAUUUACCUCAAAAUGUACUGUUGGUGUUGGAGUUAAAGAAGUGGCUCAGCUUCUUGAUUGUAUUUAUUACCGCCGUAAAUAUGUCUACUUUUGUGUUAAUGGGGAGAAAAUCG